UUCAUUACAUUAUGUAGUAUGGUCAGGAAGUCUACCUGGGCUAGGUUGUAACAAGCACAUUACACAUACAUGUACAUAGACACCCCAACUGAGGUGAAGUUAGGGUAGUCUUAUACAGACUAGACAUGCUAGAGCUGCAGAUGUUGGGCGCAGCCAGCAAUUUAUGUGAUCAUCUGAUCUUUGUGCCAUCAGUUUAUCUGAUUCUAAUUGCACAAUUUGCUGGUUAUUCUGGUAACAGCGGUCCAACGAUUUUCAAUGAGGGGGGGACAGUUGUGAGACCAUCAGACAUCAGCCAUUAAUAGACUGAUCCAUCGAGCCCCACCCCAUUAUGGAACCUGCAAAAAGUGAGGGGGGGCAUGCACCCCGCUCAAAAAAGUCGGGAUGACCCCAGCACUAUUAAGAGGCGGAGCCUGAGUGCUGCCAUAGUAACGCUCCUCGCCCCUGUCUGCAUUCUGACUCAGGCACACCAGGCAAAGGACGUAAAGGGCUACACAAUUUGGCAGCAUCUUGGAGUUCGGCAGGCCGGUCUCAUUACAUCUCUCUCCGUACCACUGUUGCUUACCAUGGUUCUAUUUUUAGGUCCACUGUACAUGCUGUUGAUAAGCGAUACCAGACAAUUGUCUCCUGUUGUGCUGUUACCCAGGGAGUGGUUGGCUAGGUCAAAGGGCAUGGCCAUCGCUGUACGAAACUACAUUGUGGGGCCAGUAACAGAAGAAAUUGUCUUCAGGGCUUGCAUGCUGCCACUACUAGUGCCUUGCCUCGGAAACCUCCGAGCCGUCUUUGUGUGUCCCCUCUUCUUUGGCGUAGCACACGUGCAUCAUGUGAUAGAAGGUUUACGGCAAGGAGCUAGAAGGCCUUUUGUAAUAUGGGUUGGUGCAAUUUUCCAGUUUUUCUACACGACCGUCUUUGGUGCCUUGUCAGCCUUUCUAUUUCUUCGGACAGGUCAUGUGAUUGCCUGCAUCAUAGUGCACAUUUUCUGCAAUUUCAUGGGUUUUCCGGCCUUUGACGAGAUCCCCAACCACACACCAUUGCAGCGAGCCGUCAUUUGUGCGACGUUCGUCGUUGGACUGUUGCUCUUCCUCUACCUACUCCUACCGCUGACCAGUCCGGAACGGUAUGCAAAUGAGAUGUAUCAAUGGUCAUAGCAGCCUUAGAGGAUUUGAACCUCAUGAAGUGUGCUGACCCUAGACUUGGGCGCACGAGUACCCUGGCGAAGCAGAAACUUUGACAAAACAAGCACCAACAGUAAGGGACACCAAAACACCGCAUAUUGCCACCACAUGCCCACACUUAGGUGUAUUUGUCUGGUGUGCAGGUACCAUAGGUGACCCACGCCGUACAUCUACAUACCUGCAAAUCAAUGUAGUCUCAUGCUGUCUACUUUGUUGUCUCGUGGGAAGGCCACAGUGUGCUAUCUGAUCCCUGGACAGGGUGCUUGCCAACUAUAUGGCCAUAAUUGGAGCAACUCAAAAUACAAGUUGUCACUUACCAGCCACUGUAAAGAGGCCAAGUUUGCAGUGCAUUGUGGGAAAAUGGUCAACAGGGUCAGGGGCUUGGUGUUCGGCUCGUAUGCUGGUAUAAUAUCCAUAACAAGAUGGUACCAGUGUCUCUCUUCUCUUAACGUGUACGUUCUUCCCUUCUUGCUCGAAAUAAUGUUGGAAUUCUUGCGAACAUAACAAUGAGUACUUGAAUUUGUGUGUCCACAGAGUCCUAUUCUCUGUAGUUGUGGGAGCUGCACAUGUUGAAAUACAGACAGUUUGGGGAAUGAAAACACCAUGGCGACAACUUUUUCAUUCUGUAAAUCAGUCUCAAUAUUCCUAACAAUAAGUAAUUGCCCUGUGAACAUUGUUACAGCCUGGACAAGCCUGGUCCACGAUCGGUGACGAUCCAUGAUUGGAAAACCGUGUACAAAUCCUAUGGAAACGCUUUGCAAAAUGUUUCAAGUAUUGACAAAAAGGAAGAUGAUGGGAAUUUCAUGAUUGAAGGUGUUUGUACAUGUGUUUGUGUCCUGCUAUGAGAAAAAAAUAAUGCAGAACCAAUGAUGAAGUGCAAGCUAAUAGGCCAGUGCUGGGUACCCGGGUAGCGGCCCGUCAAUAUCAAAACCCAGUUCCAUUUUUCCAGGCCGGGUACCCGUGAAAAAUUCUUUGUAUAAAAUGUAUUAGAACUUGAACAGUGAAGGGCAGAAUUGCUGAAAAAUCAGCUGAAAAACCCGGGCCCACGGUCAUAACUCCUGUUCAGAUAUUGACAGAGCAACCUUUAUAACAAAUCAAAUGUAACACUUUGUUUUAUAAAAAGAUGGGGCUGAUUUGAUCCUCAAAAGUUUAGACCAAUGUGCUGUUUCCUAGGAACCAAACAGGAGCCCUGUUUCAGGCCCAUGGUCUGCUGGGAUUGCAUGCAAUGCCAUUUGUUAAGGGUUCUGUAUAUUUUAAGGGUACCUGGGUACCCAGCAUUGAAUGAAAUGGGUACCCGGUUCCAAAAAUACCCAUAAACGCACACCGCUACAAGCUAAUCUAUGCAAGAUAAAGAUGAAUGUUGUUGAAAAGUGGCCUCCUUGAGCCAAUUGCUUGACAGCAUGUAGUAUUGUGAAUUGCUUUUGUUAUGUCCAAUAUAUGACGCGCAAUAUUUACCUCAAGUGUCCAGGGGCAUUUCUGUACGUGCCAAGAGAACAUAUGGAGCUGAUUCUAAGAUUGCAAAAUAGAAGAUACAAUUUCAUAUGCCAGCAAUAGUGCAAACAAAUGGGCUUUUUGCAGUGUCUCUGUUGGACAUGACUAAUGUCAUGGAUGAGGUAAAAACCCUCGUCUGCACCACUGGAAAGAAAUCUGAGGCUAAAAAGCCCCAAUCUACCCAUCUAAUUGGCUGAAUCCUGGACAAUAAAAUCAAAGAACCAUGCCAUCAAUUAAGGCCAUGAAAGACUCUAAUUUGAAAGGGAAUGAAUGGCGGAUGCUGUUUCUUGGAUGUAGCUUCUUUCAAGCUGGAUCAAAUCUUUUUCAAGAUGUAUUUUUGCGUUUGGGAGAUGUUAAUUUAUAUAACAGGUUUUGCCCUUACCAGGUCAAAAGGUCACAAGCUUACCGAGUAAGCUUGUGACUUUUUUGGGGGGUAAGGGCAAAACCUGUUAUAUAAAUUGGAUCGAAUCUGUUACAUUCCAUAUUCGUACAUAUAGUUAUAUUUGUAGUGUACACAUGCACAAACCGUUGUUACCUCAAAACUAGGGUGUGCAUGUUUUCUAAAUAGCAAUCUAGCAAUGCAAAUGAAUAUGAACUGUUACUGAAUAAACAACCUGCCAGAAUGGUCACUCCACUGAAGCAUAUCGAAAAAAAAAACUUCAAAAAUUGUCACUCCACUGGUGCAUAUAAAAAAAAAAAACCUGCCAAAAUGGUCACUCCACUGGUGCAUAUAAAAAAAAAAANNAAAAACCUGCCAAAAUUGUCACUCCGCUGGUGCAUAUAAAAAAAAACAGCCUGCCAAAAUGGUCACUCCGCUAGUGCAUAUCGAAAAAACAACCUGCCAAAAUGUUCACUCCACUGGUGCAUAUCGAAAAAAAAAAACAACCUGCCAAAAUGGUCACUCCACUGGUGCAUAUCAGUACCAAAAUCAUCUGAUGGUCUUGGAUGUAAAAAUAAAAAUAAAAAACAAGUUUUUUCAACUUUAACUAAAUAUUAAAAGAUCAGAACCAAAUCUUUUAGGACUUUAGUUUUUGGCAAGUUUCAAUCAUUUGUUGGUUGUGUAUUGUAAAUUCGUCCAGAUUGCAGUUAUUUGUAUAGUCUCAGAAUUCACCAGAGCAUUUGUGUAAUAGUACUAGAGCGUGGAGAAAAUCAGCUUUCCAAUGACUGGACCAAAUGACUACAGGUGUUAGUUUUUUUAGAGAAACAGCUGGC